AUGAAUCAUAAUGAUACAGAGGCUGCAGGCGACCUGCUGGCCCCAGAUGUCUGCUGGCUAAAUAACCUUUUGAACCUUGGUCUUGUGACAAGAGAGUUCAGUGUACAUCCUGGUCCUCCACUGACAAGAGGGUUCAAUGUACAUCCUGAUCCUCCAAUGACAAGAGAUUUCAGUGUAAAUCUUGAUACCACACUGACAAGAGAGUUCAGUGUAAAUCUUCAUACCCCACUGACAAGAGGGUUCAGUGUUUGUCCUGAUACCCCACUGACAAGAGAGUUGAGUAUACAUCCUGAUUCUCCACUGACAAGAGGGUUCAGUGUACAUCCUUAUCCUCAACUGACAAGAGGGUUCAAUGUACAUCAUGAUCCUCCACUGACAAAAGGGUUCAGUGUACAUCCUGAUCCUCCACUGACAAGAUGGUUCAGUGUACAUCCUGAUCCUCCACUGACAAGAGGGUUCAGUGAGCAUCUUGAUCCUCCACUAACAAGAGGGUUCAGUGUACAUCCUGAUACCCCACUGACAAGAGGGUUCAGUGUACAUCCUUAUCCUCAACUGACAAGAAGGUUCAAUGUACAUCAUGAUCCUCCACUGACAAAAGGGUUCAGUGUACAUCCUGAUCCUCCACUGACAAGAUGGUUCAGUGUACAUCCUGAUCCUCCACUGACAAGAGGGUUCAGUGAGCAUCUUGAUCCUCCACUAACAAGAGGGUUUAGUGUACAUCCUGAUACCCCACUGACAAGAGGGUUCAGUGUACAUCCUUAUCCUCAACUGACAAGAGGGUUCAAUGUACAUCCUGAUCCUCCACUGACAAGAGGGUUCAGUGAGCAUCUUGAUCCUCCACUAACAAGAGGGUUCAGUGUACUUCCUGAUCCUCCACUGACAAGAGGAUUCAGUGUACAUUCUGAUCCUCUACUGACAAGAGGAUUCAGUGUACAUCCUGAUCCUCCACUGACAAAAGGGUUCAGUGUACAUCCUGAUUCUCCACUGACAAGAGGGAUCAGUGUACAUUUUGAUCCUCUACUAACAAGAGGGUUCAGUGUACAUCCUGAUCCUCUACUGACAAGAGGGUUCAGUGUACAUUCUGAUCCUCUACUGACAAGAGGAAUCAGUGUACAUCCUGAUCCUCCACUGACAAGAGGAUUCAGUGUACAUCCUGAUCCUCCACUGACAAGAGAGUUCAGUGUACAUCCUGAUCCUCCACUGAUAAGAGGGUUCAGUGUACAUCCUGAUCCUCCACUGACAAGAGGGUUCAAUGUACAUCAUGAUCCUCCACUGACAAGAGGGUUUAGUGUACAUUCUGAUCCUCCACUGACAAGAGGGUUCAGUAGCUUCAGUGUACAUCCUGAUUCUCCACUGACAAGAGAGUACAGUGUACACCCUGAUCCUCCACUGACAAGAGGGUUCAGUGUACAUCCUGAUCCUCCACUGACAAGAGGGUUCAGUGUACAUCCUGAUCAUCCUCUGGUGACAAGAUGGUUCAGUGUACAUCCUGAUCCUCUUCUGACAAGAGGGUUCAGUGUACACCCUGAUCCUCCACUGACAAGAGGGUUCAAUGUACAUCCUGAUCCUCCACUGACAAGAGGGUUCAAUGUACAUCCUGAUCCUCCACUGACAAGAGGGUUCAGUAGGUUCAGUGUACAUCCUGAUCCCCUGGUGACAAGAGGGUUCAGUGUGCAUCCUGAUCCUCCACUGACAAGAGGAUUCAGUGUACAUCCUGAUCCUCCACUGACAAGAGGGUUCAGUGUACAUCCUGAUCCUCAACUGACAAGAGGGUUCAGUGUGCAUCCUGAUCCUCAACUGACAAGAGGGUUCAAUGUACAUCCUGAUCCUCCACUGACAAGAGGGUUCAGUGUACAUCCUGAUCCUCCACUGACAAGAGGAUUCAGUGUACAUCCUGAUCCUCAACUGACAAGAGGGUUCAGUGUACAUCCUGAUCCUCCACUGACAAGAGGGUUCAGUGUACAUCCUGAUCCUCUGGUGACAAGAGGGUUCAAUGUACAUUCUGAUCCUCCACUGACAAGAGGAUUCAGUGUACAUCCUUAUCCUCAACUGACAAGAGGGUUCAGUGUACAUCCUGAUCCUCCACUGACCAGAGGGUUCAGUGUACAUCCUGAUCCUCUGGUGACAAGAGGGUUCAAUGUACAUCCUUAUCCUCAACUGACAAGAGGGUUCAGUGUACAUCCUGAUCCUCAACUGACAAGAGAGUUGAGUGUACAUCCUGAUCCUCCACUGACAAGAGGGUUCAGUGUACAUCCUGAUUCUCCACUGACAAGAGGAUUCAGUGUACAUCCUGAUCCUCAACUGACAAGAGAGUUGAGUGUACAUCCUGAUUCUCCACUGACAAGAGGGUUCAGUGUACAUCCUGAUUCUCCACUGACAAGAGGGUUCAGUGUACAUCCUGAUCCCCCACUGACAAGAGAGUUCAGUGUAAAUCUUGAUACCCCACUGACAAGAGGGCUCAGUGUACUUCCUGAUCCUCCACUAACAAGAGGGUUCAGUGUACAUUCUGAUCCUCUACUGACAAGAGGGUUCAAUGUACAUCCUGAUCCUCCACUGACAAAAGGGUUCAGUGUACAUCCUUAUCCUCUACUGACAAGAGGGUUCAAUGUACAUCCUGAUCCUCUACUGACAAGAGGGUUCAGAGUACAUCCUGAUCCUCCACUGACAAGAGGAUUCAGUGUACAUCCUGAUCCUCUACUGACACGAGGUUCAGUGUACAUCCUGAUCCUUCAAUGA